AUGGGACGCCAUUUGACUGAAGAAGAGCAAUAUCGUGUUCGUACGCUACGUUUCGACGCCGGCAAGACUUACGAAGAAAUCGGCAAAAUUACCGGCUACACAUCUCAUCAGAUUCGCGGUGCCCUCGCCGAAGAUCCGAAAGAAAAACGACAACGGCAUGCACGCGAAAAUCGUCGCCGCGGCCGGAAGCGACAACUCACGAAGCAACAGGAGGAAGAUCUCGUCGAAUACGUUACUUCCUCGAAAGAGGGCCGAGAAGCAUCGUUCCUAGAGAUCUCGAUGACGCUUUUCAACUGUGUUUCCGGCAUGUACGCGAUCCGGGCCGCGCUUCGUCGCAUGGGAUUCAAACGAUACGUUCCUCGACAUGCCACAGUAUCCACGCAAUGA